ACACCAGUACCAAAGUCCAAUGUCUAAUAAAAUAAAUAAAAUAAAGCGUGAAAUACCAACUGUUAGUGCAACAGGCAAUACCAACACCAGCAAUACAUCGGCCAACACAUCAUCGUCCUCGAGUUCAUCGCUGUCAUCCGCCGGAGGCGGUGAUGUCGGUAUGUCUACCGAUCUAACAUCGUUGUUUGAAUGUCCGGUGUGCUUCGAUUAUGUGUUGCCACCAAUACUGCAGUGUUCGAGUGGGCAUUUGGUAUGUGUCUCGUGCCGUUCGAAGCUCACCUGCUGUCCAACAUGUCGUGGCCCCUUGGCCAACAUUCGUAACUUGGCCAUGGAGAAAGUUGCCUCCAACGUCAAAUUCCCAUGCAAACAUUCAGGCUACGGCUGUACAGCAUCAUUGCUCUAUACGGAAAAAACGGAACACGAAGAGACCUGCGAAUGUCGACCCUAUCUGUGUCCAUGUCCAGGUGCUUCCUGCAAAUGGCAAGGACCUCUGGAUCUAGUCAUGCAACAUUUAAUGAUGUCACACAAAAGUAUUACCACACUACAAGGCGAGGACAUUGUAUUUCUGGCCACAGACAUAAAUUUACCCGGUGCUGUUGAUUGGGUGAUGAUGCAGUCGUGUUUUGGUCAUCACUUUAUGUUGGUCCUGGAGAAGCAAGAGAAAUACGAUGGCCAUCAACAGUUCUUUGCCAUUGUCCAGCUAAUCGGUUCACGUAAAGAAGCCGAGAACUUCGUGUAUCGUCUGGAGCUGAAUGGGAACCGUCGUCGCCUCACUUGGGAGGCUAUGCCCCGAUCUAUACACGAGGGUGUAGCCUCAGCCAUACAUAAUUCCGAUUGUUUGGUGUUUGAUACAUCAAUUGCCCAAUUGUUUGCCGACAAUGGAAAUUUGGGUAUAAAUGUUACCAUUUCAAUUGUAUAAUAAAUAUCACUAACAUUCUAACAGCGAUGAUCACAGAGUGAGAGAAGAUUGGAAAAGAAAUCUAGACUAC